GCCAUGACUUGAUAACAUCCUCGGGCUAAGACGGCUCGACGGAUGUUUUUGUACCUCUCAUUGGAGGAUGAUCACCUGGCCAGACCAGUUAGCCGACGCAGCCUCCCCUUUGGCAUAUUGAUGCUUUAUAUAACGCAUGUAGAGUUUGUCUAGAGCUUCAAGUCAAAGCUUAAGACUAUAUUCGGACUUCCAGUAUUCGAUAUCACCCGCCUGGUGGCCUACAUCGCCCCGUCCAAAGCAAGAAACACCAGCGAGAUAGUGAAAGUCUAUGCCAGAGAUUGUGAUUCGGCCACAGAUCGUCAAUAUAUAUAGCAAUGCCGCCUAGGAAACUUCAUGUCGGCAUUUGCGGAGGUGGGUUAGGAGGGCUGACCGCUGCGAUUGCGAUCGCUCGCGCUGGAGCACAAGUGACGUUGUUGGAAGCUGCUCGAGAGCUGGGCGAAAUCGGCGCUGGCAUACAGGUUUUUUCAAAUGUGUCUCGUCUGCUCAUCCGAUGGGGAGUCGACGAGAUCAUUGGUGAUAAUCUCAUUGCUGUGGAUGAGAUAAACACCUGGGGAGCUGACAAUGAGCUAAUUGCUCGCUUUGAUCCAAAACUGGGCGCAAAGCAAGCUGGUUUCCCGCAUUGGCUUGUCCGAAGAGAUCAUCUCCACGCAGGACUCGCUGAAAGUGCUCGUCGGCAUGGCGUUAAUCUGAUCGUCGGUUCACGUGUCCAGGAGUUUCAAUGCACCAAGACCUCUGUCGAGGUCACGACGGUACAUGGUGUCGAGCACACCUUCGACCUUCUCAUUGGUUCUGACGGCAUCAAAUCAACAAUUCGUCGAACACUGUUUCCAGAUUGGACGCCGCAAGCUGCUUCGACUGUGGCGGCCUUUCGUGGCAUCCUACCAUAUAAAGAAGUCUUUGCCAAAGUUCCGGAAGCACGACAACUUCUCAGAAACACCAUGGACGCCUGGAUUGGGCCCAACGGAUAUAUACUGUUGUAUCCUUUGUCCGCCGGAACGGAAUUGAACGUGGUGACCCUCUUCCAGAUGAAUCAUAUCGUCAAGACACCAGAAGAUAUGGAUCUGGACGAGUUUCGCAAGCUGUACAAGGACUGGAACCCCAUGGCACGCAAGGUCCUUGAGAUGGUGAAUUACACACAGAAAUGGCCCCUCCUCGUCUUGCCUCCCAGGAAGACUUGGUCAAAUGAGCACAAGAAUGUUGUCCUUCUCGGAGAUGCCGCUCAUUGUAUGCAGAACCACAUGGCUCAAGGUGCCGCGACAGCGAUGGAGGACGGAGCCUUCCUUGGGACGGUCAUUGGCGAAGUAAUCCGCGGAACAAUCGAACUGCCUGAAGCAAUUGACAUUUACGAAAAACGGCGUAUUCCUCGAGUUUGGGUGAAACAACAGGCAUCCUUCGUGUCAGGUACCAUCAAUAUGGCUACUGGUGAUGAAGCAGCAAGAAGGAACCGCGCUUCUGCCCCAGAGGUCGAAUGUUGGGACCACAACGUCGUUCACCCAAGCGACCAGCUGCCAUCCGCCUAUCGAUCCUGGCAGAUGUAUUGUUCUCCCACCAGUAUACCUGGGAUUUUGUAUUAUGACCCCGAAGGAGACGCGGACAAUGCUGUAUGUGAGUAUCUGCAGGAAAAGUCCGAGAUGGGCAAGACCACCCUGGUGACAAAGGGUUUAUGGGAUAAAUGGUGGGGUGUCGUCGACAACAACAAUCCACAGGCAGUUUGAUCGUCAGGUGUAUAGAAUGGGCAUGCUCAUGGGUUCAUAAAGAGUGUGAACACAACGUCAACUCCAUCAUGGGCAAUUCAUCCGUGACGUCUUUCACCUUCCGUCAAGGCAUUUUCCCUUAUUCCUUCAGGUUGAGGACUAUUCGACGCUCGCAGCAGCUACCCUUAUUUCAGGCAUGUCGACUGUGGCAUGAGAGCACCCUGUAGGAAGGGUUUGAAUGAGGAUAACAUCGAUGGGAGCAGCUCCGCGGGAUAUAAGGAUGGAUGCUGAUAAGAUGCUGCUUAUCGUGAAAGAACCCAAUGAGGGGAUGGAUGAGCAGACUUUAACGGCGACGAUUAAUGAAUGAGGUGCUAAAUAGCGAAUCAUUGUGGGAGGAUCGCCAAUUGUGAAGGAUAAAGAUUUUUCAGAACACC